UUCUGGGCAAAGCACGUUCUGACUUUGUGUCGCUCCAGAGUUCUGCAGAGUUUCAAGCAUUUUGGCAACAUUUCAAGUAGACAGUUCAUCCAAAAUGGUCUCACUGUAGGACCCACUAUGGCUUGCGCCAUCUUGACUUUGCUAUGGAAGGCUCCGGCCUUUCGGGGUCUGAAGACUCUUGGCUUAGCUGCUACCAGAUGCUUCUGCAAACAUCAGCCAGCUCUGGCUGCUCAGAAUUUCACAGAUUACGAAUCCAUGCAAGAACAGUAUAAGCCGGAAGUGCCAGAAUACUUCAACUUCGCGAAAGAUGUGGUGGAUAUGUGGGCCAAGGAGGAAAAGGAAGGAAGGCGGCCUUCCAACCUGGCUCUGUGGUGGGUCAGUGACCAAGGAGACCAAGUGAGGUGGGGCUUUGCAGAGCUGGCGCUCGAAUCCAAGAAAGCGGCCAGGGUGCUUUCUGAGCAGUGCGGGCUACGGAAGGGCGACCGAGUCAUCGCGAUCCUGCCCCGGAUCCCUGAAUGGUGGCUCCUGAACCUGGCUUGCAUCCGGACAGGAACAGUUCUUAUUCCCGGGACAACACAGCUGACAGCGAAAGACAUUCUCCAUCGGCUAAAGACGUCGAAAGCCAGGUGUAUCAUUACAGAUCAGGCUCUGGCCCCCGCUGUAGACAUGGUUGCUUCCGAAUGCCCGUCUCUAGAAUUCAAACUAAUUGUGUCCAAGGACCCCAGGGAAGGUUGGCUCAACUUCAGCAACCUGUUGAAACUUGCACCUGCUGAGCACAACUGCGUGGCCACAAAGAGCCAUGAUCCAAUGACGAUCUAUUUCACCAGUGGUACGACAGGCGCUCCCAAAAUGACUGAACAUUCUCAUGCUAGCCAUGGAAUUGGACUCAGUAUAAAUGGAAGGUAUUGGCUUGAUUUGACCCCCUUGGACAUCAUUUGGAAUACUUCAGACACAGGCUGGGGGAAAUCAGCGUGGAGCAGUGUUUUCGCACCAUGGAUCCAAGGAGCGUGCGUGUUUGCUCACAGCAUGCCACGUUUCGAGCCAAAGCCGGUCCUUGAAACUUUGUCCCGGUUUCCUAUAACAACUUUCUGCUCUCCUCCUACUGCUUAUCGGAUGCUAGUACAUCAAAAUUUAACCAGUUAUAAAUUCCCCAGCCUGAAGCAUUGUGUGAGUGCGGGAGAACCCAUGAACCCGGAGGUGAUGGAGAAAUGGAAAACAGAAACUGGGCUGGAUAUCUAUGAAGGCUACGGGCAGACAGAAACAGUGCUGGUUUGCGGAACUUUCAAAGGGAUGAAAAUUAAACCAGGUUCUAUGGGGAAACCUUCUCCGGCCUAUGACACUCAGAUAAUAGAUGAAGAUUGUAACAUUUUGCCUCCUGGGAAAGAAGGAGACAUUGCUCUCCGGAUAAAACCUACGAGACCAUUUUGCCUUUUCACUCAAUACACGGAUGACCCAGAGAGGACAGCUUCAACUAUACGUGGGAGCUUCUACAUCACUGGGGAUAGAGGGAGUAAAGACGAAGACGGCUACUUCUGGUUCCUAGGAAGAGCGGAUGAUGUCAUCAAUUCCGCUGGAUACCGCAUUGGGCCGUUUGAAGUGGAAAGUGCAUUGAUAGAACAUCCAGCGGUUGUAGAAUCAGCUGUUGUUAGCAGCCCCGAUUCCAUCCGAGGAGAGGUUGUGAAAGCCUUUGUGGUGUUGGCCCCUGAUUAUGUCUCCCGUGAUCCAGAAGCACUGAUCAAAGAGUUGCAGGACCACGUCAAAAAGGCCACUGCCCCGUACAAGUAUCCUAGAAAGGUGGAGUUUGUGCCACAUCUGCCAAAAACCAUCAGCGAGAAAAUCAGAAGAAAUGAAUUACGCAAGGCUGAGUGGGGGAAAGCUUAAGACGAUCUGUUUGCUUCCAGAGUGCUCCUUCUAAGAAGAAAAGCUUUAUAUUGGUUCCUUGUGUUGCAAUAUAUUGUUGUGCUGGAGUCCAUGUUUAAAAAGCCCAACGGCAUAGAGCUCACACAUCCAGUCCCUUAGUGGGGGGGCCAGAGGUAGAAAAAGCAGUGCAGGGUCAGACCUUUGGUACGUAAAUACGGAUGGUUGAGCGUCUUCUCUUCCCCCUCCUCCUCCUCCUCCCCGCUCCCGCUUUAUAUAAAAUCCUAAAGCAGCUUGCCAGGUUAAGCAAAGUAAAUUGUAGCUCGAAUUCCAGAUGUUGACUUGCAUACAGAAGAGAACAUUGCGUACUCUGGAGAAAACCCCAAAACAGAUUUGCUUUCAGGGCCCAGAAGUUCACAACACCACGAAUCUGCAGGGAACUGUGAGACUAGCGUACAAACCAGCACCGGGUUUUUUUCCCACCCUGCCAAGGCGAUGACUGAAGGACAAGAUCUGUGCGCGACAGCAACCUUUUCCAGGCCAGCCCAUUACUCUGGUGGUUUCUGGCACAGUGGCAAUGCCUGCAUCUAAAGUCUGGGCCACUGCAGAGUAAGAACCACAACCUGCAGUGAUAUAAUGCCGUCCUUCCUCCUCCUCCACCCCCCCCCCCCAGUCCGAUGAAGCAGAUUAAGCCACUUUGAGCACACAAUCUGGUUUAAAUGAUUUUGUCGAUUAUACCGCCCAGAUCCCUGGAUUAUAAACUACACGUUACAAAAAGACCAUCACGGUAUUAUUGACAGAUGUGUGUUUCAGGAGUCACUUCAAUAUUCCAGGUAGUUGAGUGGUGGCAAAGCCUUUUGGGGCACCUGAGCCCAAUGUGGGAUGGAAGCCCUGUCCGCCAUAAAACACACACAGGCUGCAAUUCAAUUUUGCUGAACAGACCCAUAUUAUUAUUGCAUUGAUUGUAUUGUGUUGAUUGCAAGGGACCCAACAGCCACCAAAUUCGUGAAGUGUUACCACAAAAGCAUCUCCCAGCAACAGCCAGUGUGGUGUAGUGGCUAAAGUGUCAGACUGGGAGCCAGGAGAUCCGGGUUCUAGUCCCCACUCGGCCACUCUGGGCCAGUCACACACUCUCAGCCCAACCCACCUCACAGGGUUGUUGUUGUGAGGAUAGAAAUGGAGAGGAGGAUUUGGGUUCCCCGGAGGGAAAAAGGAAGGAUAUAAAUGCAAUAAAUAAUAAAUAAAAAUAAAUAAUAAAUAAAAAUAAACAGGCUACACUGAUUGAUGCUAAAGACCCAACAAUAGGAGGGGAUGUUUUUUAAUCACUGGAACAUCAUCCAGAGGGGUAGGCCAGAAGAUUCUUCGUAAGCCAGGCUCCUCCCCUCCCUGCCCACAGAACCGCCCCCUUUCCCCUUCUCAGAGAGGUCACCUUUGCAACCUCGGAGAUGCAGGCGGCAUGGUUCUCUCUGCGCUGGCUGUGAGGGGGAGGGGAACUCAGACUUCACGGUCCGAGUCAGAGCCCCACCUCCAACCUCGGAUCUAGGCCUCCGAACUAUCCUAUGGUUCCCCUAGAUGCUGUCUAGGGGGCUACAGAAUUCCUCUUACUUUCUGGAACAAAUCAAUAAUAGAGGGAGAUCAGAGAGGAAGCAGGGCCACCCCACCGGAAAACUUUCCUCAUGAGGGUUCCUCUUCCUUCAACAGUCCCCACCAGCAGCCAUCCUAACAGGGAGAUUCUCAUCCAUCAGCCCUGACGAAAAGAUGUGAUUUUUCCUCCUCUUCCCAUUCCUUUUUCCUCAUGUGUCAUGUCAUUUUAGAUUGUAAGCCUGCAGGCGGGGACUUCUAUACAGUUAAAGACUUAUAGAAGUUAUUAUGUGUGAGAGCAAAACAGCCAAAAGCCAAAGCAUGAACAGCAAAAUCGCGUCCUUUCGCUUAUUAACCUUAAUUGAGGCGAUAUAAAACGGUUAACCAGAGUCCCAGUUUAAAAGCGUUAAUCAACAAGCAUAGAUCACUCCUUUACAGUUAUCUCCUGGACACUGACAGCCCCAUCUUCACCGUACUUCAGAACUUAGACAACUGUUUUCAAGCCAACAUUGAGCCAACUUUUCUAAUGCCUUCCAGGAGAAAACCCCCUAACCUCUGCUGUGGGGCACACUCCUUUCCUUUCAACGGGUUUAUGCUGAGCUUUUCACAUCUGUUGUAGAACUUCUACGUACCUCUGGUUUCCUAAUUAAUGUGGAUUUACAGGAUAGUCUGUCGUUCAACAGUAGAUUGAGGUAAAGACCUGACCUUUCCACAGCCCACUUCAGUCUCAACUGCUGCAGAGAUGCGCACAGCUGAACAAGUUGGUAGAAAUAGAUCGUCACGACAACAGAAAAGUUAUCAUUUUUUUACUUUGGAAGAGCUUCAGCUGAUUUACUGAAAAAAAUUGCCACCAAAGUUCAUUCUUUUUUGAACCAAAAAUAUGCUUUUCUUUCAUUUCACUAACAAAUCACUAACAAUUCACUAAGAAUCAAGAUUUUAUUGAUCGACUGAUUACGUGUCAAUACCGCCCAACAGCCGCAGCUCUCUGGGCAGUU